AUGUCUCCAGCAGCUAUCAUCGCGCCCUCCAUCUUGUCUGCGGAUUUCGCGGACCUGGGAAAGGAAUGCUCGAGUACGAUUGCAAGAGGGGCGGAUUGGCUUCACAUUGACAUAAUGGACGGCCACUUUGUGCCCAAUAUCACAUUCGGCGCACCAGUCGUAACGAAGAUCCGAAGCCAUGUGGACAAACCAACCGCGAAGCAUGGGAAAGGAACAUUCGAUUGCCACAUGAUGAUUGCAGAGCCAAAGAAAUGGGUCAAGGAGUUCCAAAACGCGGGCUGUGAUCUCUACUGCUUCCACUAUGAAGCCGCUGUCAACAGUACCGCAGCCGAGAGCCCCGAGACGACGAGCGAUGCCAAGACAAGUCCGAAAGAGCUGAUUAGAUAUAUUCACGACCUGGGCAUGUUGGCGGGUAUUGCGAUCAAGCCGGAUACGCCUGUGGAUGUGCUGUGGGACAUUUUGGAGUCGAAGGAUGCUCAGGAGGUCCCGGAUAUGGUCCUGGUCAUGACGGUCCAGCCUGGAUUCGGUGGGCAGAAGUUUAUGGCUUCGGAGUUACCCAAGGUGACUGAGCUGCGGAAACGAUACCCGGAUCUGAAUAUCGAGGUGGACGGUGGGCUAGGCCCGGGCACGAUUGACCAGGCUGCUGACGCGGGUGCGAAUGUCAUCGUUGCUGGGAGUGCGGUGUUUGGUGCGAAGGAUCCAGCGGAUGUUAUUGCGAAGUUACGGGAGGCUGUCGAGCGGCGAAGAGGCAAUGCGUCGUAG